AAAAGACCGGUGUGACUCGCGGUCGGGGGGUGGAGUGGCUAUUCUGUGUAGAGACAACUGGAAAGUUAAAAAUCUGGAUUUUGACAACAACUUUGAGUGUGUUUGGUGUGAAAUUGUAACACCUAAUACUAAAUACUACGUAGCUUCAGUAUACCACCCACCUGACCCCAUUUAUCCUGAGACUGAGUUACUAAAUCAUUUGUCUGAAACUAUAGAACAGAUUCUUUAUCCUGAGCCCAAUGCAAGAAUAAUUAUAGCAGGAGACAUUAAUCAAUUUAAAAACAAAGGACCUUAUCAGUGAGCACAACUUGGAACAAUUAGUCAAGAAGCCUACCCGAAAUCAUAAAAUUUUGGAUGUAUUUUUAACCAACUGUCCACAUCUUUGGGAAAAAUCAAAGGUUUUCAAAGGUCUAGUAAGAUCUGACCAUUUGGUUGUCAUGGUUUCCCCGCGACAAGCUAUAAAACCCGAAAGAAAGGAUGUCUACUUUAGAGACGUAAGAGCUCAACGGAAAUUCAGCAUGAUGAGGAAAUUGGAGACAUGUGAUUGGAGUCACAUUUAUAAUUGCAAUAAUGUCAUUGAUACAGUUACUCUAUUAAAUGACACUAUCACCAACAUGUUUAAUGACUGUUUCCCGUUAAUUAAAGUAAAAAUGUCAACACGUGACCCACCAUAUAUGUCUCCUUUGGUCAAACACUUAUGUAAGAUAAGGAAUAAGAACAUAACGAAGGGAGUCAAUAAUGAUCUGCAAAAACGUAUUGAUGAGCUAAUUCGUGAAAAUCUUGUUCGUUCCGUUGAUGAUGAGAAUAGAAAAAAUAGUUUUGGAUCCAAAAAGUGGUGGGAUACUGUGAAUAGAAUUACUGGUAGAAAAAGCAAGAACAGCAAUAUUAGCUCAGUCAUCGAUCCACAACAUAUUAACUCGUACUUUCAAAAUGUAAACACGGAUGCGAACUACAUAUCCCCCCAACUCAUACCAAUUCCUAUAGGUACCCGAGUUCCUACCAUUGAUGAGCCUACUGUUAUUAAUUUUUUGACGAAACUAAAACGAACAGCGCCAGGUCCUGAUGGGCUUCCAUAUUGGUUAUGGAAAGACUUUGCACAACUUUUAGCGCCCAUAAUUACCAAAGUGUUCAAUCUCUCAAUCGAACAACAAUGUGUCCCCCUGAUAUGGAAGCUCGCCAAUGUGAACCCUAUACCCAAAGAAUCUCCUUUGAGAGUGUAAUCAGUUGAGGCCUAUAUCGCUCACAAACAUCAUUAUGAGAUUAUUUGAAAGGGUAGUUUAUAAACAGGAGAUUGCGUCUGCAUUCAAAUCCGUGCUCGGCGAGAUCAAUUUGCUUAUAAGGAGGGAACAAAUACUACCGAUGCUCUGAUUAUGUGUUUGCAUCAUUGGCUCAAGUGGCUGGAUGAAGGUGCAGACUCUGGUAGGGUAAUAUCAUUUGACUAUAAGAAAGCGUUUGACUCGGUAUCUCAUAACAUUAUUUGUGAAGAAUUGAAAACACUCGAAAUUAACCCGUAUACUAUAAACUGGAUUAUUAGUUUUCUGGCUAACAGAAAACAAAGAGUUGUUGUUGAUGGCAUAGAAACUGUUUAUGUUGAUAUUAACAAAGGCGUACCGCAGGGUACGGUUUUGGGUCCCUUUCUAUUUUCGUUGAUGGUUAAUGAUAUAAAACCCAUGGAUGCGCAAAACAACCAAUUGGUUAAAUUUGCUGAUGAUAUAACAACACGUGCUCCGGUAAAAUCAGGAUCGGAUUCUGCUGAGGCUGAGGUGGAAAGCAUUCAAAAUUGGUCGGAAGCAAAUCAAAUGACAUUAAAUCUUUCUAAAACGUGUGAAAUGGUUGUGCACGGUGGGUCUAUGAAACCGUUACCGGCACCGAUUGUAGGCAUUGAACGAAAGAGCUGGUUGAAAUUAUUAGGUGUCACAUUUCAGGAAAUUCCAUGUUGCUGGGAUCUUCAUAUCUUCUGUCGAAGGCUAGUGGGCGUAUGUACAUAUUGAGAGUGUGUAGAUGCUAUGGUUACUCUGCAGAUCAGCUAAGCAAAUUAUUCGAUUCGCUAAUCAUGUCACUCUUUUACUAUUGCAUUGAAGUAUGGGGCUCUGAACUCCAAAAGAAAUAUUUGGAUCGUAUAGACAAGUUUUUCCGGCGGGCUUAUCAUUAUGGAUAUACGACAAAGAGUAUUACGAUAUCUGAAGUGAUCGAGGAGAGAAACAGAAAAUUAUUUAGCAAAAUUGUAUCCAGAACAUGCCCUACAUGAAUUGCUUCCUGUGUGUAAACAAAGGAUUUUAAUUAAUUUUAGGACAAAGGGAACAUAACUUUAUUUUACCUCAAAUUAAAACGGCACGUUUUAAACGAUCCUUCAUAAAUAGAUGUCUUUUUAACUAUUUUUAACUUUCAUAUAAUUAAUUAGGAUAGAUCAAUUUUUUAACUGUAAUAAAUAGGAAUUUGACAUUUGUAAAGUUGCACGUCUGUUGUGACUCUAGACAAUAAAAACUUUAAUAAUAAUAAAAUAAAAUAAAUUUGUUGUUUGUUUCAUAAAAAAACACGGAGGGCACCUAUUUACCUAGCCACGAAAAAUCACCAUUUUUCUUCGAUAACAAACAUACUGGCCAAACUUACGCAUCGUAACGCAGGCCAAAGGCGUAUAUGAGUAUCGACAUAUUUGCCCACGUUUGAAUGGUAAAAUAUCACUGAUUUCAGAAAGGCAAUUCGGUAAUAAAACAAAAAUUGCGGUUAUUUCAAAACUGACAGAAUUAGGUUAAACUAUCUACGCUUUCGUACCUUCAUAUUUUGCAAUGGAUUUUUGAAGCCGAAUCCCAACCUCUGCGCUAUUUUUCGACAUCAGUGUGACUGUAAAUAGUUCUUCCUCUUCAGGGUCUCUUUCUAUCAGAGCAUCAUUCACGUUCUUUAGAGCCUACAUGUGAAAAUUGUCAUGUAUAAUAAACAGUGUUUUUAAUAUAGUUGCGGAAAACAUUCAGUCCAAACAUCAAUUAGGAACAGUACACAGGUUUAAGGCUUUAAGCGAAUAUCAUGAGCGAUAUAAAAAGACAUGGAGUCUUUGCAGCCGACGAAACGCACCGAUCGUGAAGAGAACGUCUAGAGCCAUCAGAGAGCAAGUGGCGUUUUUGACACCAGCCGGAAGCCAAUCGAGUAGAAUGAAUGGCGAGUGAUGGCAUGAGCAUUGUUUUAAAUCACAAAUGGCAGUCAAUAAAGGUCCCAAAUAUGAAAAUAAUUCCAGCCUUUCUUAUUUCUAUGAUUUCCUUAUUUCUUUCUAUGCUAGGGGCAAACCAUUUAUUUGAACACAUGGUGGUCAAAUUACAUUUAAGAUGGCUGAAACAUUCAUUCACACAGCUAUUGGGCAUUAGUUAAUUGAGCUUAACAGUUAACAAAAUCGUUUGAAUUGAUUAAUUGAACAGGCUAAUCAUUUGUCUUCAGUUUUCAGUCAGGCCAAACGCAUAUAAUUAAACGCAUGCAUGUUACUGUUGUUAGCAUGUCAAAUUAAUAAUAAAUAGAGAAUAAUACAUGGGUGCUUGGAAACACCAGAUUUAUUUUCAGUGUUGAACAUGAUAUCUCACGGGUGAGCGCAGCGAACGAGUGAGAUAUCAUGUUCAACACGAGAAAUAAAUCUGGUAUUUCCAAGCACCCAUGUAUUUUUCUGUUUAUUAUAUAAAGGACAGUCUUUGAAAAGCGAUAAUUUUUACAGAAAAGUGAUAAUUGAAAAGCGAUAAUUUUCACAUGUGAGAUUAUCAUGAAUAAUCUCACAUGUGAGAUUAUCACUUUUAUCAGUGCUCGAAAUCUCUAUAAACACUAUACUUUAUAUAAUAAUAAGUUAUAAACGAACAUUUUUGGUAUAAAAUAGGCAAUUAGCCUUUCUCACGCCGCCAUUUUUGGGGUACUUUUAUGAAACACCAGUAACGGCGACAUUUUAAAAUGUUGUGGGUGUAUGAUGGUAAAUUUACUCACUAAAUAGUUAGUUCUGUAAAUAUUGCUUUUCACAUUGCUAUAAUCGUUUACGAAAAAUUACAGUAUCCCAAAAAUGGCGGCGUGAGAAAGGCUCAUUGGACAAGUACUGGUGUUAGUUUUGUAGGACGACGAGUAGGCUAAAGCCCACCGCACACGAGCGCACUUGUCGCGCGUACUUGUUAUUCGUGACAAGUUGGAUCGACAAAAUUUCAUCGUGUGCGCGCAACAUUUACGGCAUUUUCGUCAUUCGUGACAUGUAAACCAAAUAUCAAACAUGUUUUGAUAUUUUCCGUCAUUCGUGACAAAACAAUUCUCGUGUGCGGCGAGCAAACGACAAACGCGCCUGAAUAGGAAAAUUUGCGCAUGCGUGCAACUUAAAAACAACAUGGCGGAUCAAAAUCACGUGCUCAUGUCUUGUUUUUCUGUUGCACGCAUGCGCAAAUUUUCCUAUUAAGAUGCGCUUGACGUUUGCUCGCCGCACACGAGAAUGACGAAUGACGAAAAAUAUCAAACAUGUUUGAUAUUUGGUUUACAUGUCACGAAUGACGACAAUGCCGUAAAUGUUGCCCCACACGAGGAAAUUUUGUCGAUCCAACUUGUCACGAAUAACAAGUCACGAAUAACAAGUGGUGAAAAUGUUAGUCACUCCUGAUCUAAGUUUUUGGAAGGUAUAUAAAGGCUGCUCCCCAGUCAUUUUUAAACUGUCUGUACCAGUGUUGGUAGUACCAAUGUGAAAAUGCUGUGCGGAGUGGUUAUAUUACUACCUUAAAAAAUAAGCAGAAACUCGACGUUUCGAGCGAAGACCCUUCGUCAAGAGUUAGUAGCCAACUAGUUAGUGCUCCCCAGUCACGCGUUUUUCAUACGCGCGCAUAUACGCACGGAAAAAUUUAAAUGUAGUUGCUUAUGAAAUAACUGAAUGAAUAAAAAGCACAUAGUUUUGUGAAUGAUUUAAUGUGCAUAUUUACAGGUAAUUCAUACUAGUGUUAAAUAAAAAAAUUUAAACUUUUCCAUGCGUGUACACACGUAUGAAAAACGCGAGAACAGCAUUAAGGCAUAAUUAACAUUAACUGCAUUUUAACUGCGGUUUACACUAUCUACUGUACAUUUUUAUACAACGAUUUAACCACGUGGUAAAGUUAAAGAGUACAGUAUUUAACUAUACGAACGGGUAGUUAAAAAGUAGUUGACAGUUUUAUGCAAGCGGCCCCUGGCUGUCACGCGUAAUUAAAACCUAAAUACACAAAUGAUCAUCCUGAGAAAUAAAAACUCAUGAAAAAACUUUUACAUUUGUAUACCUACAAAUAGGUACUUAAUACUGUACUUCAAACACUCAUUAAUAAUUCAUGAGUAAUUGGCAAAUCAUGUCAGCCAUAAUAUGUCACGUGCAGUGGCUUUAAACCUGAUAAAACACUCCUAAUUAGUAUUCUUUAUAUAAAGAAUACUAAUAAAGCAGUGUCUAUUGUUGUCGUCUCCUCAUUAGUAUUCUUUAUAUAAAGAGUACUAAUAUAAAGGCAGUAUAUCUAUUGAAUUUGUAGUCGUGUUUAAAGCCGUUUAAUAAACUCACAGGUCGUGUUUUAUUAGGUCUAAAGCCACUCGCGCUGCGCGCUCGUGGCUUUAAACCUAAUAAAACACUCCUGCUCGUUUAUUAAACAGUACUUAGGUAUGUUCUUAUUUCUAUUUGAAAUACAUUCUCCCUUAUUAGGACAAGAGUGUACAGUCAACCACAAUCAAAUUGGAUUUCUCCCUAGCAACCGUAACCUGAUGAAUAGAUAUUUGGGUAAGCUGUUAAUGUUUUUAUCGGAACUAUAUACAAUAUCAAAUAGAACAUGCUGAAGUAUCGUACACAUGUAAGAAACUGGAUAAACAAAUGUAAAUUUAAAGCAAUAUAAAAGUACCGUAUAAUCCGUAAUGUUGACAUUUCUUAGAGUGACAAAAAAACUUUUGUAUAUUAAAAUUGUUCAAAUAUAUAGCGUGAAAAGUACAGUGUCAGAUGCGCCAAAACUCCAUAUAUGACAGAAUCCACGACGCCAAUAUUUGUGGCAACAUAAACACAAAAUUACUGAAGUGAAACAAAACUCCGCAAUUUAAUGCUAAGUAAAAUAAAAUAAAAGAAAAGUAAGCAGUUUUUUAUUACACGACUUGCUCGCACGGUCUUGUUCAAACGUCAUGAUUUCAAAGAGCAAUUAUAAAUGAAUCUAAAAAGCAUUUCCUUCAAACAAGAAACACAAACAUGUGACCAACAGACAAAAGCAAUCACAAAAGCAGGAUGAAUGCAUGGAUAACUCUUUCGCCUGAAGAUUACGCGUGAUCUAUACAACUUUAUAUUGUGCUAAAAAGUUUGUUCUGUGUGGGUUGUUUGUCGUGGGGUGAUAUUAGUCGUCGGAGUUUUGUUCGGCGGGGUUUUGUCCUACCCGAUUUUUUGUCAUGAGUUUUUUAGUAACGGAUUCACCGCAUAAUAAUAGCAUUCACCUUAAUAAAAGGAAAGGCAGAGCCAGGCAGCAACACUUCAUUUUCUUUGCUAACUUGCAUUUGAAUAUAUUCAUCCAGACCUUUCCUGACAAAAGUACCAUGCUCUUCGUCUAGAUUAAAUAACGCUCUUGAUGAGACGGCGAUGUUCAGAGUUUUUGUGGGAUCUCGCCCCUGCAACAAGAGUUAAGGAAAAUUUGAAUUAUAAUUAUUAGCAAUUGCCAAUUAUAUAAAAAAUGGGCAAUAUACAGUACACCAUCCCCAGGAGGGUUUAAGCUAAGAUUUUCGAUUUUACAGGAGUGUUUCUAAUUGACGUAAUUGACACGUGCAUGUAGUGUGUACCCGUCAAUCUUCCAGAUUAGCAUAGUAAAGUACGCUUCGAAGUAUGCUCCUCAACAACAGACUAUGCGUAUGAUUGUUGUAUAUGGCACCAAAUGCAAGCAGCCCUUAAAAUAUCGGUGGGUCACGGUCAUUGUCCGACCAAUUCGUAAAAUUGCCCGACGUAGAGAGAAAACCGCCGGACAUUCUGUCCGACCUAGUGAAACUAAGGUCUAUUUUUUGUCCGACCGAACUGUAGCUUCUCUGACGUGUGUGGUCAUUUGUAAGUUAAUUGUUUACUACAUAUGAUAAUUAGGUGUUAUUGUAAUUAGUAUAUAAUGCAUGGUUGAACAUGUAGUUUUUGGUUCUUAAAUAAUAAUAUAUCGAGGACUUUACAUGGUGUCAGGUGUUUGGGGAAGUGAAAUAAUCGGAAAGGAUUUUCGAAUGGCGACAGCACAGAUCCCUUUGCCUGAAAAGUUAGAUUCAAAAAAGCCAGAAGAUUGGAAGCGAUGGAUAGAACGCUUUGAAUGCUAUCGCAUUGCAGCGGGACUUGACGACAAAGUCCAGAUAAACACUUUGGUUUAUGCAAUGGGUGGAAAUGCCAACGAUAUCUUGAAAAGCUUUCAUCUCAGCGAAAAAGACUAUGUCUACGAGACAGUUAUUCAACAAUUCGCAUCGCAUUUUGUGGGACGGUCGAAUGUUAUAUUCGAACGAGCUCGCUUUAAUAAACGUGUACAAGGCGAGAAAGAGUCGGUGAUCGAUUUUAUCGAAGCGCUAUACGAAUUAGCAGAGACAUGCCAGUUUGGAGAUCUAAAGAAUGAACUUAUACGAGAUCGUAUUGUGGUUGGUAUUCGAAAUGCAAGUCUAUCGCAAAAGCUGAUGCAAGACGAGAAAUUGACUUUGGAUAAAGCUGUAAAAGAAGCCAAAAGUUCAGAGUUAGUCAAGCAUCACCACAAUAUCCUUCAGGGAGAUGGCGAAGAUGGAAAAAUUAAUCGCCUCCGCAAGACUAAGGGACGAAAUAAACCAAAAUCGCCAGAGAACUCGAAAGGAGAGCAAAUUUUGAAACCGUAUCAAGCCGGUAAAAGUCAAUGUUAUCGAUGUGGGAAAUCGCCAGUGCACAAAAGAGAUGCUUGCCCUGCUAUUAAUGCGACAUGUUUAAAAUGCAAAAAGCAAGGACACUUUGCUGCGGUUUGUAGAAGCAAGAAAGUUCGCUCAGUUACCGAAGAAACCGACCCGAAGUGCUCAUAUUCCGAAGAUUACUUCCUUGGUGAGAUUAGCGACCAUGAAAGUAAAGAAGAUUGGUCGGUAAACUUAUCGCUAGGAAGGACAAAAGUACGAUUCAAGAUUGACACUGGGGCCGACGUAACGGUAAUACCUGAAGCUGAUUAUUUGCGAAGUGGACUUCCACAACUUAGGUCAACAUCCAAAACUUUGUUUGGACCUGGUCAAGAGAAACUACCCGUUAAAGGAGUCGUCAAAGGGGUUUUGAAAACUUCAAGUUUGAAAGAAACACUGCAAGAUAUUUAUGUUAUUGGGAAUCUUAAAGAGCCUUUGCUUGGAAGACCUGCUAUUGAUGCCCUAAACCUCGUGCAGAAAGUAGAAACUAUUCAAGCUGACGAGAGCAGCGUGAUCGAAGACGAAGUUAAAUCCACUUAUCCAAAUUUGUUCAAAGGCCUAGGAGAGUUGGAUGGUGAUUUCAGUAUUAUAUUGAAACCUGACUCAACACCCUCCGCUCUGACGACGCCAAGAAGAGUGGCAAUCCCGCUCUUGAACAAAGUCAAGGCAGAAUUGGAGAGAAUGAAAAAUUUGGGCGUUAUCUCGAAAGUCGAUGUACCCACCGAGUGGUGUGCAGGGAUGGUCGUUGUACCCAAACCAGAUGGUAAUAUUCGAAUAUGUGUCGACCUAACGAAACUCAACGAGAAUGUUCUUCGCGAGACUUACCCUCUUCCAAAGAUAGAUAACCUAUUAGCACAGAUCAGCGAAUCCAAAAUCUUCACUAAAUUGGAUUGUAAUUAAGGAUUUUGGCAGGAGAAGCUAGACCAACAAUCUCGGUUAUUAACCACGUUUAUCACACCGUUUGGCAGGUUUUGCUUCAGUGGAAUGCCUUUUGGUAUCAAGACGGCACCUGAACAUUAUCAGAAGAUGAACGAAAUUUUGGAAGGCCUGGAUGGUCAAGUAUGCAUAAUUGAUGACAUAUUGAUCCAUGGGAAGACCCAGAAAGAACAUGACACUAGACUUAGAGCAGUGCUGAAGAAACUAGAUGAAUCUGGAGCUACACUUAAUCCAGAGAAAUGCGAGUUUUCAAAGAAAGAAGUCAAGUUUGCUGGUUGUAUCCUUAACGAAGAAGGAAUCAAGUCCGAUCCCGAUAAAAUAGAGUCGAUUCGAGACAUGGAUGCACCUCAGAAUGUGGGCGAUGUACGUAGAUUCCUUGGAAUGGUCAACCAACUUGGGAAGUUUAUUAACCACUUAGCAGAGAAAACGAAGCCAAUUAGAGACCUCCUUAGUAAAAACAAUCAGUUUCUAUGGGGACCAGCUCAACAAGAAGCCUUCGAGAAGUUGAAAGUCGAAUUAAGUUCCACACCAGUACUUGCGUAUUAUGAUCCUUCUAAGAAAACCAUUUUGUCAGCAGAUGCCUCCUCUUAUGGUCUUGGGGCUGUCCUUCUACAAGAACAAGAGAACGGUGAAAGAAAGCCAAUUGCAUACGCAUCCAGAUCUAUGACUAGCACCGAACAGCGCUACGCCCAGAUUGAAAAAGAAGCUUUGGCAACAACUUGGGCGUGCGAGAAAUUCAACGAUUAUAUUCUUGGGAAAGAUAUCCUCAUUGAGACAGACCACAAACCACUUGUUCCUUUAUUUGGCACAAAGCUUCUUGAUCAACUCCCUCCUAGAAUUCAGAGAUUUAAAAUGAGACUGAUGAAAUAUUCAUUCCACGUUAAUCAUAUACCAGGAAAGGAGUUAGUCACUGCUGAUACUCUUUCAAGAGCGCCAAUUAGAAAACCACCUACCAAAGUCGAUAAGCGGUUGACAGAAGAUUUGAGCUUGUAUGUGGCGAACAUUUUCGAAAGCCUACCAGCUAGCGAACGGAAACUUGAAGAAAUUCGACUUCAUCAACAAGAUGAUGAAGUGUGCAGAAAACUUUCAGAAUUUUGCACUGAAGGCUGGCCAGAUAGGACCAAGCUGAACUCAACUCUUCUUGCUUAUUGGCCAGAGAGAGGUAAUAUCACAGUGCAAAGAGGUAUUCUGAUGAAAGAUACAAGAUUAGUCAUCCCGUCUUCAUUACGACUGGAUACUCUGGAUAAAAUCCAUGCGGGUCAUCAAGGAAUUCGAAAGUGUCGAGAAAGAGCACGCGAGUCUGUGUGGUGGCCAGGGCUGAGUAAGCAGAUUGAAGAUAUGGUUACGACGUGCCCAACUUGUUGUAAGCAUCGACAAAACCACGCAGAGCCUAUGAUAGCGUCUCCACUCCCAGAACGACCCUGGCAAAAGAUUGCCACAGAUCUUUUCCAUCAUAAUGGAAAAGACUAUGUCAUCGCUGUCGAUUAUUACUCCCGAUUCUUCGAAGUCGCUCCACUCAAGAAUACCACUUCAGAGAACGUCGUGAACCACUUGAAAUCGUUUUUCUGUCGUCAUGGUAUCCCAGAAAUUGUUAUGUCGGAUAAUGGGCCGCAAUUUUCUGCAGCUACCUUUUCCAAAUUUGCGGACGAAUGGGGGUUUACUCAUUUAACAAGCAGUCCCUAUUACCCUCAAAGUAAUGGAGAGGCAGAGAGGGCAGUAAAGACCGCAAAGAGUCUAUUUGUCAAAUCUGAAGAUCCAUAUUUGGCUCUACUGUCCUACAGAACAACACCACUACAGAACGGACACACUCCAGCAGAGUUACUGAUGGGACGCAAAUUACGUUCUACUUUGCCUUUAUCUCCAGAAAAGCUGAAACCUAUGUUAUUAGACGCGGAACAAUUAAGAAAGAACGAACAGACAUACAAACGUCAACAAACACAAGGUUACAACAAGCGACAUAGAGCGACAUGUUUGUCUGACCUGAGUCCUGGAGAAACAGUUUGGUUGCCAGAAAUGAGUUCUCCAGCAGUUGUUGUUUCCAAGUCACCCGAACCAAGAUCAUAUAUUGUGCAAACGGAAAAAGGCACGGUGAGAAGAAAUAGACGACAAGUAGUACCCAGUCCAAAGGAACCAGUUAUGAGAGAAUCACAACCUACGAACGAGAGUACGAGUGAGAACAUUUCAUGUCCCAAUAGUACGUCCGACAAUGUCGUGAGAACUCGUUCAGGACGUGUUGUUGUACCGCCUAAUAGACUCAAUUUGUGAACUUAUAUGAUUGACCAACUGAAACAAUUAUAAUUUAGCGAUUAGAAACAAUUAUAAGAAUUAUAGAACACUUAGAUUUAAAUUAGAAAAAAAACAAAAAAAGAACGCAUUUAGAAUUAA